AUGUCUGUUUGGCUUGUUCUUCUUUACGCACUUUUAACUAGUGCAAACAUUAACAAUGUACCUUAUACUACACGAAUUUAUUCUAAUCUAGCAGAAAUAAUUCAACCUCUUGAAAAAUUACCACUUGAAUUCACUGAUGAUGAUUGGAAUUAUAUUCGAUCGGAUUCAAUAACACUCUUUGGUGAAAAUAUUAAUAUUACAUUACAAACAAUAACAGAACAAAAGAAAACACUUAAUGGUACUGUAGUUUAUGUUCGUUCACCAAUAUCAUCAGAUAAAACAAUUAAAUUAAUUAAAGGAAUUCUUAUUGAUGAAGUAAAUCAUUUAGUUAAAAUACAAGAUAAAUCAAUUGAUAGUCAACAAUCUUUAUAUUUUACUGUACCAGAUAAUCAAAUUUUUUAUUUUGAACAACCAGUAAAAGCAACACAUUAUGUUAAUUUUACAUAUACAAGUACUGAUUCAAAAGUAUUUGUAAGUUAUCUUCAAUCAAAUCUUAAUUGGCGAACACAAUAUCAAUUAAAUUUAAAUAAUAAUGAAAGUAAUCUUAUUGCUAUGGCUAAUAUUCGAAAUGAUGGAAAAUCAUCUGUAUUUAUUGAUCAAGCUGAACUUGUUUGUGGAGAUAUUAAUUUACAAAUGCAUCAUUUACAAUAUGAUCGAUCAUAUCGAAAAUCUCGAUCAGGUGGUGAAUCAUAUCAUCAACCACAAAGUAGUGCAAUGCAAAUGGUUUUUACUGAUGUAGCUAAUAAAGUUUCUAUUGAACAAGGAAAAGAAUUAGCUGGUUUAUAUGUUUUUCCUAUUGAUCAACCAUUUAUAAUCAAUGCAAAAACAAAUUAUCUCUUACCUAUGUUUCGUCCACAAGUUUCUGUUGAACGAUAUGGAUCAAUUUCAAAAAUAUUUUCAACAAUGUCAACGAAUGGUAAAGUUCAACGUUCAUAUCGUCUAAAAUCUGAUCGAUAUCUUUCUCAUGGAAAUUGUAUUAUACGAGAAUAUGAUCGAGUUGUUGGUGAAACAUUAUUACCAAAUUUAGCUGCAAAUGAUAAAUAUGAAUUUUCAAUUGGAGAAGAUGCUGAUAUUAUUUAUAAAGAAAAUGUAACAUUAAUUUCUUCGAUUACAUUUAAUGAAACUGAAUCAAAAGUAAAACAUUCAUUAGAUAAAAAUAUAUCACCAGGUGUUUUUAUGACUCGUACACGAUAUACUUAUACAAUAUGUUUACAAAUAAUAAAUUUUAAAAAUCGUUUAAUUAAUAUUGAAUAUGAACAAAGAGGAUUUCAUUCUUAUCAAAAUAUUAAAUUGAUUAUAUUAGAUAAACAUAAAUUUAUUCAAGAUGGUUCAUCAAUCAAAUCAAAUAUGACAUUACAAGCAAAUAUAACUGAAAAUUAUUCUUAUACUAUUGAAUUAAUUCGUUAA